GGCGGAGUUGUUAGCAGCUGAUGAACAACAAUAAUCAAUAAUAUUUCUAAACACAUUCGACUUCGAAGCGCUUCAAAGCAGCUUCAAAGUGAAAUGCAAAAAGCAAAAUUCGCUUGGGCGGGCGUGUGAUUUGUUUGUAUACGACUGCAAAUCGAAGCAGCUAGUAACUGGGCAUGGAAAAUUGACGAAAACCCUCUCUGGGGAAGACUUUCAUGGAUGGAGAGACAUUCAGCAAAAGGAGCUGAAAGAGACAUCAAGAGAUGCAGCCGCCAAGUGUAAAAGAAGGAAAAAUUCCCAUUCAAAAGCCGCUGUGCAGACUGUGCGAGUGUCCGACGUCGGACGGGCACGUCCUCGCCUCGCAGGUGGACAGGAUGAAGCUGAGGAAAUGGGCCAUGGAGGUCAUGAACCUUACGGAAGAAGACGAAAACUUGCCGGACGUGGUGGAAGAAGACGCUUUGAUCUGCUUUUUUUGCAUCUGGCAGGCCGAGUUUGGGGAUGAAUCCGGAGACGAGGCUGUUGCUUGGUGGCCGAAAAAUCUCGAUUUGGAACAAAACGCCAGGGUGCUUCGGGAGAAUUAUUCAGUUGGAGAAGUAGAGCAGUGUUGGGUGCAGUUGGAAGAGGUUGAUCUGGCCAAAUACGAGAAGAAAAUUCCUUUGAAAAGCAAAGAAGGCCAAAGAUUGUGUUUAUACUGCGGCAAAAGUUUCAACCAUCUGUUGGAUCACGUCAGAGUGUAUCACAAAGAAGCCAUCAAAUGCGGAAUUCGGGGCUGCUGGACAUUCUUUCACACCCAGGAGGAAAAAGAGCAGCACAUGCAAGGGGAUCUUCACAAACCACGGGAAAGGAUGAAAAUUCGUUGCAAAUAUUGUGAAAUUGGCAAAUUGCAUUCCUCAGUGGAAUCGUGGAGACAGCACGUGAAUCGCAUCCACCCAGAACUCCCAGUGGCGUGCACGCGUUUGGGCUGCAAAGAGUAUUUCAAAUCCAAGUCCGAAAUGAUCCUCCAUAUCAGCUCGUCGCACAGGCAAGACAUAAACCAAGAUCUUUACUUAUGCAAGCAUUGCGAGUUUUUCGCCACGAGGAAAUCCAUUUUGAGUCGACACGUAGAGGGGAGGCACAUACCAAAGAUCUUCAAAUGCGACAGUUGCGACGCCAAAUUCGGCUCGAAAUGGAAAGUGAAUUACCACGUCAAACAAAUUCACACGCUCGACAAGUGCAAAUCUUGUGGCCAGGACGUGGCUCUCAUGUACAAGAAACGCCACAGAAAGCCAUCGGUUUGCUCCAGAUGCAAACUCAGUUUCGUGUGCUCGGGUUUGUAUCAAUUACAUAGGAAGAGCUUCAAACAAACUCUUCUUAAUUGCGAAGAGUGUGGAAAAUCGUUCGCCACAUCGCCGAAUAUGAAAUGUCACGUUCAAACUUUCCACAAAUCCGCGAUUUAUCGCUGCGACCAUUGCAACUAUUCUGCAUUUAAUAAGCGGUACAUGCUGUGGCACAUGCAAUGUCAACAUCUUCUAAAGACGAUUAUGUGUGAACAGUGCAAGAAACUAUUUUCCACGGAAUCGACACUCAAGGCUCACAUGUCCAGGUGCCACUCAUUCAUUUCCUGCGAUGAGUGUGCGCAGGAAAUUAGCCGCCAUAAAAUGCGGAUACACCGGACCAUUAAGACUUGCGGCCGCUGCGAGUGCAAGUUCAAGUGCCAAGGACUUCUUGAAAAUCAUAUUAAGAGUUGUUUUCCUUUAAAUAGUAAUAAUUUCUGUUGUUACAACUGCCCGAAAUCAUACGGGACAAAGAAAAGUUUGUAUGCUCAUAAUGCCAGGAAGCACCAGGCCCGGAUAGCCCAUCGGGCGAAUCGGGCAAUGCCCUGGUGGGCCGCCGGGCCGGCCACCAGACCGGCCGCAGGACUAGUCGCCCGCCGACACUUGAUUAACUCGAUUCCUUAAAAUAGCACGUUUCGUUGUGCGCCCCACGAUCUGGGUACACAAACACCCAGACUGAAAAUUUCAGCGUUGUUUUUUUUUAUUAAUUUUGAGAAAUUCUUCAAAUCAAAAAUGAAAAAAAUUACAUAAUUUUUUUAUUUUUCGCCAGGUUCUUUGCAAAUCUAAAUCUCGGAUUCUAACCAUCAGAAAUGCAUAAACUACCCACCGUUAGACUUGGCCCAACCUCCACUAACCAGCCAAACUGCCUAGGGGGAGCUUUCCCUCAUCCCCUUUCAACCCCAUUGCUAUAAUUUUGAAAAAAAAAUAUUUUAGCAUGCUUCCUCUGAGCUUAAACAUAGUUUAAAUUGCCUAUAACUCGUUCUUAACUACCACUACGUCCUUUCUUUUAAAAUUAAAACAGACAAAUAUAUAUUUUACAAUACAAAUUAAUAAAUUAAUUUUGAGUUAAAAAGUUUUACUUUUUCGAAGGUUUUUUUAUGUAUUACCACUUACAAUAAUUAGGGGUGCAGGGAAACCCAUUAGCUUGUCAGGGGAGGUGGAGAUUAGUCCAACGGUGUUAAUAAUAGCAAUUUUAAUGGUUAAACCCCGAGAUUUCGAGUGUGCAAAAUUCGAAAAGUCAAGAAAUUAUAGUGCUUUUUUUGUUUUGUGCCAACAUUUCAAACUCCAAAAUCUCGAGUUCUAACCAUCAGAAUUGCAAAAAGUACCCACUGUUAGACUCGUAUCGACCUCCACUAACCAGCAAAAGUAUUUGGGGGUGCUUAUCAACAUCACCUUUCAACCCCAUUGCUAUAAUUUUGAUUCAAUUUUUUUUAGCUUGCUUCUUCAGGGCUUAAAAAUAUUUUAGUGUAUCUUAAAUUCUUUUCUUUCAAAAUUUCAACAGAAAAAUACUUUUAAGUUAAAUUGUUAAUUAAUACAAAAAUCCAGAGUGCAUAAAAAUUGUUUACUUUUUCGAGGGAGAAGAAGUAUUGCAACUUAUGGAUGGAGGGUAAGCACCUCUAAAUCCUUCAGCUGGUCAAGGGAGGUCGGGUCUAGUUCAAUUGUGUUUAGUUUUUGAAAUUCUGAUCGUUAAAAACCGAGAUAUGGAGUUGCGAAAGUACCAAUUUUUGAAAAUUUUCUACUUUUUCGACCUUUCAAGAGAAUUUACUUAUUCAUAAAUAUUCCAUCUCUAUGAAAUUUUCCGCCUGCAAAGUUCGGAAUUGUCAUGGGACUACUUUUAAACACUUUUUCUAAUUUUCAAAAGAAAAUUCUAGAAUACACUUUGAUUUUUUUUAAUUAUUUGAACCUUCCUAUUUGUUUGAUUUUCAAAGUUUUUGUAACUAUAAAAAAAAUUAAAUUAACCUCUCUUUGAAUAAAUUACGUGUUUAACCAAGACUUAAGCCAAUUAACCUCUAUGCAACGCUAAAAUUUAUGAAAGCUAUAAUUCCUAUUUGUUAACUAAAUGGAAAAAGAUUGGAUAAAAUUACAUCCACAAACUUAAAUGCCCAUAAAAAUAUUCAUUUUUGUCGAAACGCAUAUAAACAACUGCAAAAAUGCCAUAAAACCCGCAAAAACAGUGUUUUUGCAAUACAGUGUUUUUUUUCGAAAAAUGUGAUUUUUUGCGAACCCUGAUCCCAAGAACCGGAAUCCGGUUUAUCCGGUUUUUCACACGGAACCGGAAAUAUUUUUACCGGAACAGGACCGGACAGGACUUUUUGUAAAUAGUUGAAACAAGAACCGGAAACAACCGGAAUAAUUUUUUCCGGAACUGGAAAGACAGGAUUGGAAAAUCUGUUCUUGUAUACGCUCUAGUUGCAAUGCACAAAAAUGCACCACUGUUUUUUUGCGCAAAAAAUCAGCAGAAAAAACACGAGUUUUGGUUUUUUUCACAUUAAUUUUUCUGAAUUUAACCCCAAAAAGGUCACAUUCCACGCAAAAAGCGCCAGAAAAUUUGGAAAAAUUCGACUAGUGCUAGAAUUUUUAGUCUUUGGUGAAACCAGUGGCAUAGUUUUCUGAUUUUUAAAGAUCCCCAUUAUUUUAUUUUCUAUAAAAAUUCAUUUGUUUUGGAAAAAUGCGCAAAUUUUCAGAAAAAAACAGUUUUUGCAAUUUAUUCGGUUUUUUUCCGGAAAAAUCCGGGUUUCUGGCUUGCGAACCCCGGAUGGAGGGGGGGGGGGCCGCUGCGGUCUCGUGGGCCGCCAAAAUUAAGAAUGCCCCGGUGAAUUUUUCGAUACCAGUCCGGCCCUGGGAAGCACAUUGAUCGAUAAAUAAAAUGAAUACUGUCACUCUCAAAAAUUGUUGCUAAUUUAAUUGUAAAAACCUACCAAAAUAUUGUCUUUUUACGGUUAUUUUGCUUCACUUUAAUUUUUGAUUGUUGAUUUGUCUAAAAUAUAUUGGAUAAAUUUAAUAACAAUUUUAUCUGAUCUAAAAAUAUUUUCAAAUUAAUUUUAUCUAAAUUUCCAAGUUCUAACAAUUUUUUAAAUAUGGCUUUAUACAAUAUAUUUCUGCAAAAUUUCUUCAAAUUCCAUCUAAAAAUAAGGAACAAGCAAAAUAUUACCGUUAAAAAGUAUGAGAAAAAGCAUAAAUAUGUGGUGCUCGCCGCUCAAUGGUCUCAAGUCAUCCAGACAUGCUUAUCUGAAUUUAUUAUAAUUAAAAAACUUGCACACGGGCAGUUUCCGCCCCCACGUGGGCCCUCCAGACGUACGCUUUCGCGACAAACCUUGGGAA